UGUGAUCAGGAACCUUUCCAGAAAGAGACAAAACAACAAUCCAAAAUUCAACCAUUGCAAGAACCUCAAUUAAGCCUCUCCUCCUCUCUUCUCCAUCUGUUUCCUCCCAAAUUUUUAACCCUGGCUAAUCCUUGGUGGACUGGUCAAGUUGGCCUGCCAGGCCUCGACCCUUCAUCCAAUUCGCCUUCCCUCAGCAAAGCUAACCGAGAACUCUCCAUCAAUGAAACCAGUAACAGGAGUGGCGAUGAAGAAGAUAGAGACACGGCUGAUGAGCCUAAAGAGGGAGCUGUUGAAAUUGGUACUCGACGACCCCGAGGCCGCCCUCCUGGUUCCAAAAACAAACCCAAACCACCCAUUUUUGUCACCCGUGACAGCCCUAAUGCCCUCCGCAGCCAUGUUUUGGAAGUUGUUGGCGGAGCCGAUGUAGCUGAGAGCGUCGCACAAUUUGCCCGGAGGCGUCAACGCGGGGUUUGUGUGCUUAGCGGCAGUGGCUCAGUGGCCAACGUAACCCUAAGGCAACCUGCAGCACCCGGUGCCGUAGUGGCACUUCAUGGUAGGUUUGAGAUUUUGUCCUUAACUGGGGCGUUUUUGCCAGGACCUUCCCCACCUGGCUCCACCGGUCUGACGGUGUACCUGGCUGGAGGACAAGGGCAAGUCGUGGGAGGAAGUGUGGUGGGUUCACUGAUAGCGGCAGGGCCUGUGAUGGUCAUUGCAGCAACAUUUGCUAAUGCUACUUACGAAAGAUUGCCACUAGAGGAUGAUGAGGAAGCUGCUGGUAGUGGUGGGCAAGGACAGAUCCAGGGUGGGUCCAGUAACUCUCCACCACCUAUUGGAAGCAGCGGAGGACAAGCUGGGCUGCCGGAUCCCUCCGCCAUGCCGUUGUAUAAUCUGCCGCCGAAUCUAAUUCCUAAUGGAGGUCAGUUAGGGCACGAUGCUUACGCUUGGGCUCAUGCGCGGCCACCUUACUAAUAAAUGGAGGAAAGAGAGAGAAGAGGAAGAUUUUCAUGAGCCUUUUAUUUGUGUUUCUACUCAAAUUAAGGUAGGGAUUAAAAAUGUUUGGAAAGAAAAUGGUACUAUGUAGAAGAAUCAAGAUAUAGUUGUGAAGAAGAGAAAUCAUGGUAGUGAAUGUAUAUUAAAACUUGGUUUUACCUUUUCUCCUUUCUGUUCGCAAUAAAAAAAAGGGAUGAUUUCUUCUUUCUUAAUUAACUUUAUCCCAACUUCUUGUUUAAUAA